GCCGUUGGCGCGGCUCGCCUGCCGCCCGCCGCACGCCCGCUCCCGGCGCCUCAGCGCGACGCGCAUGCCAAGGCCCGGCGGCGCCAGGUUGUCAUCUGGAUUUUUGGUCUGAAGGUACCCUCUUGCUUUCUCAGCAAAUCAUGGACAUCGUUGGCUUUCUGAAGUCUCAAUUCAUUUGCCAUCUUCUGAUCUGCUACAUAUUUAUAGUGUCAGGACUGAUCAUUAACUUCAUUCAGCUCUUUACACUUAUACUUUGGCCAAUCAACAAGCAACUGUUCAGGAGGAUCAACUGCAGGCUGGCUUACUGCAUUUCAAGCCAGAUGGUGAUGUUGCUGGAAUGGUGGUCAGGCACCGAUUGCACCCUCUACACUGACCCAGCGAGCUACCACAAGUAUGGGAAGGAAAAUGCCAUUGUAAUCCUCAAUCACAACUUUGAAAUUGACUUUCUCUGUGGUUGGAACUUUUGUGAAAGAUUUGGGGUCUUGGGGAGCUCCAAAGUCCUUGCCAAAAAAGAGCUCUCCUACAUGCCUGUCAUUGGCUGGAUGUGGUAUUUCCUAGAGAUAGUCUUCUGCAAGCGUAAGUGGGAGGAAGAUCGGAAAACAGUCGCACAGAAGUUGCUGAACCUCCGGGACUACCCUGAAAACUUUUGGUUCCUGAUUCAUUGCGAGGGCACAAGGUUCACAGAGCAGAAGCACCAAAUCAGCAUGCAAGUAGCCGAAGCCAAAGGCCUGCCCAAGCUCAAAUAUCACUUACUGCCACGAACUAAAGGAUUUGCUGUCACCGUGCAGUGCUUGAGAAAUGUAGUUUCUGCAGUCUAUGAUUCCACCCUCAAUUUCAGAAAUAAUGAGAAUCCAACAUUGCUGGGAGUUCUAAAUGGAAAGAAGUAUCAUGCAGAUUUGUAUGUAAGGCGAAUUCCACUAGAGGAAGUCCCAGAAGAUGAGCAAGAAUGUUCUAACUGGCUCCACAAACUGUACCAAGAAAAGGAUGCAUUCCAGGAAGAAUACUACCAAACAGGAACCUACCCAGAAGUCGCUGUGGUACCACCCCGACGGCCAUGGACACUUUUGAACUGGCUUUUCUGGGCCUUACUGCUGCUAUAUCCAUUAUUCAAGCUUCUCAUCAACAUGAUCAACAGUGGCUCAUCCUUGACACUGGCUACUUUUGCAUUUGUCAUUGUAAUGGCUUCUGUUGGUGUCAGAUGGAUGAUAGGGGUUACAGAAAUUAACAAGGGCUCCACUUACGGCAACAACGACAACAAGCAGAAACAAAAGUAGUUAUCUUCAGAGACUGCUGCAAUCCAAAGGGAACAAAACUCAAGUGCGUAUCAUGGUCCUUCAGGUGAGAAUGGAAGAAGGGAAGGAUGAGCAAUUGCCAUUGCAUAUCUGA